UUCAAGCUAAAAUUACUUCAUGUAGUCUGACUUCCUGGGAACCAGGAAGAGAGUGUUGCGAGCCCCAUACAUGACCCAUUUCUCUAGCUUUGUUUGGACUGAAACUGUGAUCUUUUUUAAACCUCCUCACCAGGGAGAGGGUACUACAGGGAUUUCCCUUUUUUUUAGCUCUCUGUUUAUUCUUUCACCACAUCGGUGGACAGGAUGAUCGCAGCACAGCUUCUGGCCUACUACUUCACAGAGUUGAAGGAUGACAAAGUCAAAAAGAUCGAUAAGUACCUGUAUGCCAUGCGUUUCUCCGACGAGACGCUGAUGGACAUCAUGAAACGAUUCAGGAGGGAACUGGGGAAUGGGCUGGGUCGGGACACGAACCCCACAGCAACUGUCAAGAUGCUGCCCACUUUCGUCAGGUCCAUUCCUGAUGGAUCAGAGAAGGGGGACUUCAUUGCUCUGGAUCUGGGAGGCUCGGCCUUCCGCAUCCUGCGAGUGAAGGUGUCCCAUGAGAAGAAGCAGACGGUUCAGAUGGAGAGCCAGAUCUAUGACACUCCAGAGGACAUCAUCCAUGGCAGUGGCACUCGGCUGUUUGACCAUGUUGCAGAGUGCCUGGGUGACUUCAUGGAGAAGCAGAAUAUCAAGGAUAAGAAGCUUUCUGUCGGCUUCACCUUCUCCUUCCCCUGUGCACAAACCAAACUGAAUGAGAGUUAUUUGCUCACUUGGACAAAACGCUUUAAAGCCAGUGGAGUUGAGGGAAUGGACGUUGUGACUCUUCUGAACAAGGCCAUCAAAAAACGAGGGGACUAUGACGCAGACAUCAUGGCAGUGGUCAAUGACACAGUUGGAACCAUGAUGACCUGUGGCUUUGAUGACCAGCGUUGUGAAGUUGGUAUCAUCAUAGGCACAGGUACUAAUGCUUGUUACAUGGAGGAGCUAAGGCACAUUGACCUGGUGGAGGGAGACGAGGGCAGAAUGUGUAUCAACACAGAGUGGGGAGCCUUUGGGGACGAUGGAAUGCUGGAGGACAUUCGCACAGAGUUCGACAGAGAAAUUGACAGGGGCUCUCUAAACCCAGGGAAACAGCUGUUUGAGAAGAUGGUCAGUGGGAUGUACAUGGGCGAACUUGUGCGACUCAUCCUGGUCAAGAUGGCCAAAGAGGGAUUUUUGUUUGAGGGUCGGAUAACGCCUGAACUUCUUACUAAAGGGAAAUUUGAAACCAAACACGUUUCUUCCAUUGAAAAGAGUAAAGAAGGCCUCACUAAAGCCAAGGAUAUCCUAGGUCGCCUGGGUGUGGAACCAUCCGCAGAUGACUGCGUUGCUGUGCAGCACGUAUGCACCAUAGUCUCCCACAGAUCAGCCAACCUCCUCGCUGCCACUCUGGGCGGCAUCCUUUCCAGGCUAAAGGACAACAAAGGGAACCCUCGCCUACGCACCACUGUGGGCAUCGAUGGCUCUCUCUACAAAAUGCACCCACAAUAUGCCCGGCGUCUCCACAAAACAGUCCGCCGCCUAGUUCCUGAGUCAGAUGUCCGCUUCCUCCUCUCAGAGAGUGGGAGCUCCAAGGGCGCUGCCAUGGUGACCGCUGUGGCCUACCGGCUGGCUGAUCAGCGUCGUAAGAUCACAGAGACCCUGGCUGAGUUCAGACUGACCAGUGACCAGCUUCUGGAAGUGAAGAAGAGGAUGAGGACAGAGAUCCAGAACGGCCUGGGGAAAAAGACCCAUGACAGCGCCACCAUCAAGAUGUGGCCCACAUAUGUACUCAGCACACCAGAUGGAUCAGAAAAUGGUGAUUUCUUGGCUUUGGAUUUAGGAGGGACAAACUUUAGAGUGCUGUUGGUGAAGAUUCGCAGUGGCAAGCGGCGGACAGUAGAGAUGCAUAACAAAAUUUAUGCUAUUCCUAUGGAGGUGAUGCAGGGGACUGGAGAGGAGCUGUUUGACCACAUUGUCCAGUGCAUAUCUGACUUCCUGGACUACAUGGGUAUGAAGAACACUCGCCUGCCUCUGGGUUUCACCUUCUCCUUCCCCUGCAGACAGACCAGCUUGGAUGUGGGCAUCCUGGUAACCUGGACCAAAGGCUUCAAAGCCACUGACUGUGAAGGGGAGGAUGUUGUCGGGCUUCUCAGAGAGGGGAUUAAAAGGAGAGAGGAGUUUGACUUGGACGUGGUGGCAGUAGUUAAUGACACAGUGGGGACCAUGAUGACAUGUGCAUAUGAAGAGCCUACCUGUGAGGUCGGCCUAAUCGCAGGAACUGGCAGCAACGCCUGUUACAUGGAGGAGAUGAGGAACAUUGAGGUGGUGGAGGGGAAUGUGGGGAGGAUGUGUGUCAACAUGGAGUGGGGCGCCUUCGGGGAUAAUGGGUGCCUGGAUGAUAUCAGGACAGAAUAUGACAGAGCUGUGGAUGACUUUUCACUCAACCUUGGAAAACAGAGGUAUGAGAAGAUGUGCAGCGGUAUGUAUCUCGGAGAGAUUGUGCGAAACAUCCUGAUCGACUUGACGAAGCGUGGCUUUCUCUUCAGAGGGCAGAUAUCAGAGACUCUGAAGACCAGAGGCAUUUUCGAAACUAAGUUCCUCUCCCAGAUUGAAAGUGACCGGUUGGCGCUACUGCAGGUGAGGUCCAUCCUGCAGCAGCUGGGUCUGGACAGUACAUGUGAUGACAGUAUCAUCGUCAAGGAGGUGUGUGGUACAGUGUCCCGCCGGGCGGCUCAGCUCUGUGGAGCCGGAAUGGCUGCCGUUGUCGACAAAAUCCGAGAGAACCGUGGGCUGAACCAAAUGGACAUCACCGUUGGGGUGGACGGAACACUCUACAAGCUACAUCCACACUUCUCAGGGAUCAUGCACCAGACAGUGAAAGAGUUGGCCCCUAAGUGCAACGUCAACUUCCUUCUCUCUGAGGACGGGAGUGGCAAGGGUGCAGCCCUCAUCACUGCUGUGGGCUGUCGCAUGCCCCAGUCAAAACUGUUCGCUGCUCUGGCCCCCCAAUGGUGGAACAAACUCCCUCACGACGCCAGGACAGCGGAGUCAAUCACCACCUUCCGGAGACACCUGAAACCCCACCUCUUCAAGGAAUACCUAGGAUAGGAUAAAGCAAUCCUUCUCACCCCCCCCCCUUAAAUGAUUUAGAUGCACUAUUGUAAAGUGGCUGUUCCACUGAUGUCAGAAGGUGAAUUCACCAAUUUGUAAGUCGCUCUGGAUAAGAGCGUCUGCUAAAUGACUUAAAUGUAAAUGUUGUUUUUGACUGUUUUCGUGUUCUAAGCAAUGUGUUGAUAGUCUUUUUUUCUGAUUUCAGAGAACCAUUGAAUAAUGUAUACGGCUACUGUACCCCAAUACUAUUUUAAUUGGACCAUCUUGCACUGGCAAACACUUGUUAAAGAUUAUUUUCAACAUUUUACACCAUAGCUGCCAACAUGUGCACUAUGGGACACUACAACUAUACUGUAUACUGGUACUGUAUCCCAUAUACAGUACCAGUCAAAGGUUUGGACACACCUACUCAUUCUAGGGUUGAGAGAAUGCCAAGUGUUCAAAGCUGUCAUCAAGGCAAAGGGUGACUACUUUGAAGAAUCUCAAAUAUAAAAUAUAUAUAUUACCACUUUUUUGGUUACUACAUGAUUCCAUGUGUGUUAUUUCAUAGUUUUGAUGUCUUCACUAUUAUUCUACAAUGUAGAAAAUAGUAAAAAUAAAGGAAACCCCUUGAAUGAGUAGGUGUGUCAACUUUUGAAUGGUACUUUAACUCUUUCAACUCUUUUUAACUCUUUUAAUCCCCUUGCCACAAAACUAUUAAAAGGUUGCCUCUUACAAGUCAAGUUCCGUUGUGUAUGGAUUUUGGUAACAGUUCUAUUACUGUAGAAAAUAUUGCAAUAUAUUCUACUGGAGAACUAGGACUACAGUGGUAACAUAUUUCAGAGGUGAGCUGAAAAAUAAUCUGUGUAGUUUAAAUAUCACAUAGAAUUUGUGUACUAUUAAUAAAGUGUGUUAAUUUA